CUACUCUAUGGCGUCUUUAGUAACAUCUGUUUACAUUUUGUUUCAAGCACCUUUUUUUCUGUGAUUGACAGCGAACUAUUGCAAGUUGCAAUAUUUAUGUUAAAUUCGCAUUAUAUAAGCUGUUAGAACAAGCUAAUUGGUUGAAUACAAAAUGGCAGCAGUUAAUGAAAAAGCAGAUGCCAAAUCCAGACAAGAUUUUUAUGACACAAAACAGAAAGCCAUUGAAUAUUACAACAAAAAUGGAGUUCCUAGUAAAAUGGAAACUGUGUUAAAUUCUAUGUUUUAUGAUAAUCCAGAAGAUGUCUAUGGUCAUUUAUCAAAUUAUUUUGAAAAAUUUGCAAAGACACCACUUAUUACUAAGCUAAAAUCAUCAACAGCUAUAGACAGUCGAGGUCAGUCUACAGUACAAACAUCUGUUUAUUGUAAUAUUAAGAAUCAUCAACAGUGUGUAUCAACAGUGGUAAGUCCUAGUCCGGUAUCACAUGUUUUAGAGAAUGCUAAAAUAGAGGAAAGAGAAGCUGAAGAAACCGAGAGAAAAGAAGAUAUACAAGCUUGUAUAGAUCUAAUACAAACAGAAUUAAACAAUAAAUUAAACGGCUUAGAUCCAUGCCAACAAACUGACAUUGAUACUCUUAUAUAUGAUUUUAUAGUGGAGAAGAAAAGAGAAAACGAUAUUCUAAAGGAAGAACAAAAGAAAGAAAGCCCUGAAGUACAAGCCCAAUCUCCUGUUGUACAAUCACCUACAAACAAGAAAAAUAAACCAGCUUCACCUAAGAAAGCUAAAGCUGCUAGUUUAGUUAUUGUUAUACCUGAUGAACCCAGAGAGAUAUUUAUACCAGGAACCAGUGCUGUUUGUGCUAUCAGUAAAGCUGUCUGCUGCGGUGCUGCCAGUGUAAAACAAGUACCAUUAUAUCAACAUAUAACAUCUUUAUAUUCACAACAGUCACAAAAGACUUUUUCUCUUCCAUUACCAAUGGUAACAAUAUUACAAGCUGGUAGAGCAUCUACAGGAAAAUUGAAAUGUAUUAAAGAAUUCAUGGUUAUACCAAAGCCUGGUAUGCCAAUGAAACAGGCUGUAGAACAUAUCCAAGGAAUAUAUCAUCAUAUAAGUAAAAAUCUGUAUGUCAAAGCAGGGGUAUCAGCUAAGUUUGUAAAUGAUAUUGGUGCAUUAUGUCCUGUAUUAGAAAAACCAGAACAAGGUUUAGAUUUAUUACAAGAAGCUAUAACAUCACUAGGUUUAACACCAGGAGAAGAUUUCCAUAUAGCUCUUAAUAUAGCAGCUCAUGAAAUGUUUGAUAUGGUCAGUAGAAUAUUUAUAAAAUAA